AUGCUGUCCGAUACACCUGUAACGACCAUGCCCCUCACCGUCGUCGCCCCGACAAACGUCACCGCUUCCGUUAAGGACACGACAGCUUCGACAACGCUUACGACGAGCGCAAGCCCCGAGAUCUCGUCUGUCACCCACGUCAAGCUUCCGGGUUUCUGGCGCAACUCACCGACCCAAUGGUUCACGCACGCGGACGCCAUGUUCGCAAACAAGCGAAUCCGUUCUGAUUUGACGCGCGUGAACCACGUGCUUGAGGCUUUGGACGAGGAAGGCGUGCGAACAAUCACUGACUUGCUGGGACCCGACACAACCUAUGAAGCAGUUCGGCAACGGCUCGUUACAGCUUAUAGCGUCCCGCAAGCCACGCGUUUCCAGCGCAUGAUUCAGCCAGGUGGCAUGGGCGACCGUACACCAUCACGCCUGUUACGGGACAUGCGGGAUGUCUAUCCCGACGGAAUGUCGGACAGUUCGUUGGUGGCAUUUUGGUUGAGCAAGCUCCCACCACCCGUCCGCACCGUCAUCGCCGGUCUCAGCGGCUCCGGAGAGUUUCUGGCCGAACGCGCCGACCGCGUGUGGGAAGCGUGCCAAGGCACAGAAGUUUCAGCCGUCGCCAGAGACGCCGACAACCACGAGUUGAGCACGACCACUCGUCGAACCACGCCGGCGAGCCCGUCCGAUUACGACGCGCGUUUCCUCGCACUCGAAAACGCCGUUCACGCGCUCACGGCCCAGAUCGCGUCCCUCGCGACGUCGCAAGCUGCCGCGUUUUCGCGCACGACCAACGACCGCACCACGCGCCAGCAACGUGCCCGCUCCGUUUCGCUGACAAAACCGCAGGCGAACCCCAUCACGGCAGGCUGGUGCUUCUACCACGACAGAUACGGCGUAGACGCGCGGAAAUGUCGCGAUCCGUGCACUUACCCGCCCAUGACACGGAAAAAUCCGUGA